AGGGCGCGGGGUCCGGCCGCCCUGCUCCUCCGCGCCCCCCGCCGCCCCGGCCGCGCGGGAGGGCCCGCAGGUGGAUAUCGCCCCCACAGUGUCCAGUGUGGUCCAGCAGGGUCUGUGUGCGUCGUCACCAGGACGAUUUAAUUGACGCUUUAGUUUCGGUUUAAUUGAGACCGGGGUUCGGACGCGCGUAUCACAGCGUUUCAAGGAGCAGCGUUCGAGCCAACGCAGCUCCUCGGUGCCCGAGCGCCAGGGUGGCCCUUUUGUCCUGUUUCCCGGGCCCCUGCGGGGCCGGGGGCAGAGCUGGGCCCCGUGCUUCUCUGCUCCUCCCCGCGCCUCCGCAGCAGGCUGUGUUAGCCAGAGUCUGAACGGCCACGGUGAUCUCAGGAGCUCCUAGAAGGAAAUCAAACCUGGGUUUUCCGGAAAGUUUCUCUUCCUGGCUCACGCUCACCCCACCUGGCCCUGGGCGCUCCUCCCAAAGGCGGGGCAGCCGCGGCUCGAGGGUGCUCAGCCCCGCACCCCUAGGGCGCCGCCCGCCCCUCCCUGCAUCGCCCUGUGCCUCGAGUCCUUCUUCCUGGAAGCAGCAGCGAACGGUGGGAAACUGGCGGAGGAGGAAGUGAGUCCAUCAGAUCCUGAUCCGGGUGGGCCGAGCCGUGGGGGUUCCUGACGAAAAGUCCAGUUGGACCCCGAGCCCCGGGCGUGGUUUGGCUGCGCUUGGCCAGCAGCACGGCCUCACCUAUCCACCUCGAUUUGCAGGCCCCGGACCGAGGGUCUGCCGGCCUCCAGGAGGGCCAGACCCUGAGCUCCGGGACAUGGCGCUCCAGCGCGCCGUCCUCCUGGCCAGCCUCCUGGUGGAAGUUGCCAGUAGAUCCUCAGGAAGUGCGAGCUGCCCCCACUGGCACUGGCCACAGCUAGUGGGGCGGACAGAGACGCCCACUUCAGGCUCAGACUCGGCCAGGUCAUGGCUCUCCCAAGCCGGUGACACAGGUGUGCCAGGCUGUGGUUUCUGGAGGUGCCCGGCCAUGUGUGCACACACCCAGCUGCUCGUCCUCCAGGAUGGUGAGCCUUCCAGCCACUCUGCCCCUGCCGGGUUGGGUGGGACAGGACGGCCAGGCUUCCCCCUCGGGCUUGGCCUCGGCCCCCUGGAGUCCAGGAUGCGCCCACCAUUCCUCAGCCGCCCUGAGGUGCCCCUUGCAAAUCACAGCGUGCUAGUCCUGGGAAACCAGCUCGGCUGGGCUGAGCGCACGGAGCGGAGCUGCCCGGACGCCUCCCGAGGCCCCUGCCGCCGCCUGGUCUGUGAGUGCAGUGCCCGCAGCGCCCACUCCUGCGCGUGGACCUGGCCUUUCCUCUGUGGGGGCCGAGCUGGACCCCCGAUGGAGGUGCCUGUAGACUUGCAGAAGCAUCGCAGGAGCGUCCAGGAAUGUGGGCUGUUUGGUCGGGAGCGCGGGCAGACGCGCUGUGAGGGCUGCACAGGCCUCUCACUAGGGAGGCCGAGGGGGCCUGGAGUUACCUUCCUGUUUCACCACUGCCCAGAAACAUAUGUGCUUCCUUUCUUAGCAGCUUCGUCUUUUGAUUUUCAAAGCCACCAGCUGCAAGUGGCGACUAAUAUAAAUAACUCCACGGUUGAAAUGCCUGCCCUGUGCCCACCUGUGGCCCACAAGGCGAGAGGUGGCGGCUCUACCCAUGACCCAGGAGACCCCCGUCCCAGCCCAACACUUCGGUUGUUGGUUCAGUCACCAAACGCUCGCCGGACACCAAGUGCUGUCCCAGGGAGCGUCUGUGCGGUGUGGCCGUGCGUCCUCACCUUGCUCUGGGUCAGCGAGGCACAGUCACCGGACGCUGACUACAAGAGGCCAGAGCCCCAGGGCCAGCAGCCCAAGUGUUGUGUGGACGUGGUGGACACCAACGCCACCUGCCCAGGCACUAACCUGUGUGGCCCAGGCUGCUACGGGCACCGGGCCGAGGACGGGACCGUCAGCUGCAUCCGCUGCAGGAACGGGACUCACAACAGCUCCGAGUGCAGAGGCUUCGCUGCCCGGGGCGCGCACUUCCCCAUGAACAGGAGCACGGGGAUGCCUGGGCGGCCGAGUUUUGGGGGCCCCCAGGUGGCAGCCUCCCUCUUCCUGGGAACGUUUCUCAUCAGCUCGGGCCUCAUCCUCUCCGUGGCUGCAUUCUUCUACCUCAAGCGUGCCAGUAAGCUGCCUGACGUCUUCUAUGGAAGAAACAAAGCCCCCAGCCUGCAGCCUGGCGAAGCUGCCGCGAUGAUUCCCCCACCUCCGUCCUCAGACCGUGUUCCUGCCACCGUGUGGAGGUCUGGAGUGGGGACAGGUGAGGACAUCCUCCUCCUUGGGGACAGAGAAGUCCCUCGGUCAAGGCGAGAUCUGCCCUGUCCAGUGAGACACUUGUCUGAUCUCUCCAAAGCAGCGCCAUGUCCAAGCACAAGGUGCCUGCGUCAGUCUCCUGGGGCGGCCGGGGGCUCGGGAGAACAGAAAUGUCUUCUCUCACGGUUCUGGAGGCCACCUGCUCCCUCCGGAGGCUCUGGGGUGGGUCCUUCCUGCCUCUCCCAGCCUCUGGGGCUCCAGGCAUCCCUGGGCUUUUGGGGCCGCAUCCCUCCAGCCGCUGCUGCAUCUUCCGCUGGCUUCUCCCCUCUGUGUCUCCCUCCCUCUCCCGAGGCCACUGGUCGCUGGAUUUAGGGCCCAUCAGAUAAUCACAUCUGCAGAGACCAUUUUUCCAAGUAAGGUUGCACCCGCAGGUUCUGGGCCUUAGGGUGUGGACAUGCGUUUGUAGUUGGGGGGGGGGGUACCAUCCACCCUGCAGCGCAUCACAUGACCUGUGCCUUUGUGUUUCGGGAGAGCCGGGCCCUCUCCCGGGCCGAGGGGCGCCAGGUGUCCGGGAGCUGGAGCCCGGUGGGCUUCCUCCCUGGCGGCUGCUCCAGCCCCCCUCCCGUGAGCCCCAGGGAGGCCCACGACCCCAGGCCCUCCCUGCCGCCCCAGGCCCCACUCUGAUCCCGCCUGUCUCUGACCCUGUUUCAGUGCGGAAGCCGCGCUACGUCCGGCGCGAGCGGCCCUCGGACAGGGACGUGGGCCCCACUGCCGUCUCUUCCGUGGAGGCCCGGGUGAGCAACGUCUGAUCCCGCGGCCCAUCCACAGCCCCGCGUGCUGCUGAGGGG